CCUUGCCUGAGGAAGUAAAUAUUCCAUACCACUACACUAGUGGGUCAUUUGUAAAAAAUUUGGACCAUUUCUCGAUUUAUGCGUGUCAUCCUUUUGUCGUGAAGGGGUAUUUCGGUCAACAAAUUAUUUAAAAAAUUCAUUCAUUUUAAAAAUAAGUAUAAUAAAAUGUUCAAAUUGAAAAAUUAAAAAAAAAAACGAACCCAGCCAAACCCAAUUCCACCCCAUUGCAACCUCCCAACGCACCAAAAAUUUAAAACAAAAAAACAAGAACAAGAACAAAUAUAUCUUAAAGAAUAAAUAACAAAAAAUGAAAAAAGUAAAAACAAGAACAAGAACAAUCAAACCAAACCCAGAAAACGCCACCCCUAUAUCAUCUUCCCCAACCCCGAUCCCAACCUCUCCCCAUACCCACCACCUAGAUCCACCAGUGCAGGGCAGUGGGUGGAUGUCCCAAACAAAGUACAUCAAGGCCAAGUGGUUGUCUCCUCACACCCGAGCCACGUCUUCAUCGUCCGAUUCAAUGACCGAAGAAAAGACUCAGCCUUUGAUCGAGACCGCCGAGUUUGAGUUGAUUCAGGGCGGAACGAACUCUGCAGGUGAGACUGAGUUGGACGAGUUGGUAUUUGAGCAGUUGGAGAGUUCGGGUGAGGAAGAGAAUGCGAUAAUGGAGAAGGAAUGGAAACCGCCGGAGUUGAAGCCCAAGAGAUCUCAGACUGGGGUUAAGAUGGUGACUGGUUUGGCUUCUGUUUGUCUCUCUGUUUUCUUUCUUAGACUGUUUAGAUGAACUGAAAAAUAGUAUUAUAUAUGCCUGUAUAUGCGUAUAUGGUAGCAUACCGUUUGAUC